AUGACCGUCUCCAGCCCUGGUCGCAAAUUUCCGUCGGAGAAUCCACCUUUUCAUCGUGAGUUAAUUAGUGCUACGGAAACGCGAUCUGCCACUUCUCGAAGCCUUGACCACCAAAGUGUCCCUCACACUUUUGGUUCCCUCACGCCCGUCCGCAAUUUUUACUCUGCCUGUUCCCCGUCGACCUCCAGCAGUGCUCCCGGAACAGUUGUAAUGCCCUCAUCACUCACAAAUACUAGUAGUAGCCCAAGCAACCACACGCCACCUCAUUCCAGGACGGAGAGUGGUGUGAUUUUUAAUGGAACCCCCUGCACAAGCCCAACUGUGGAGUCCCUUACCACCCUUGCCCAUCCUGUAAUUGGUGACAGUACCCACCCAUACAAGGCGGACUUUACGGCGCCUCCUACUUUGCCAUCCGAUACUGCACCCCAAAAGCUCUCCAAAGCACGCGCACGGGCGACUGCUCCAAAAUCUAAGGUUACGAAGAAGCGGGUGAAAGCAGAAAAAGUUGGACUGCUUCCAUUUAAUGAGUCAAGACUAGGGCUUGCAGGUGGCCCCGUGAAUGACAAGGCUGCUGUUGCUAACAGGCAUACAUUGCCCGCAUCUUCAAGUCUUCAAAUAGACACCGAUUCUGUGGACAAGAGCUUAAACCCUGUAAUCGGAGGUUUGAAAAUUCGCCUGCGACGGGAUACUACAAUAAACGAGCCGCUCUGUGGUGGUAAAAGGUCUCGACUCCGGAAAACUGGCACCAAAUCCACCAGCGUAUUUCGGAUAGUUGAGUCCUGGUGUGAUGCUGACGCGCCUGGAGGCGAAUUUUCACACCGAGUGCUGACAGCAAAAUCCAGCACGACAUCCCCCUCUGUGAACCUCUUGGCCGGUGGCUUUCGAGUGGGCGACAUUGUUUGGGCCAAACUGGCAGGAUACCCCUACUGGCCUUCACGUAUCAGUGCUUUGUGGGCUCGGACUGCCCACCAGCUUGCUGAGGCCAGUCUUUUGCCUCAGACCCUAGAUCCGUCCUCCUUAUCCGUCCUCGCCACACCGGCCGACCCGUCAUUGGCGCCUGGAUUUAUUGCUAAGGUCGACUGGCUAGCUUGUGAACAAUGCUCUUACCUCAGUUGCUCAAAACUGUUCCCCUUCCUCGAGUUUUACUGCAAGCUUUACAACCCAAGAACACGCGUAAAGGGUUAUACAGACGCCGUAAGGAUGGCGAAAAGCAUAUUGAAUUCGACAAAUGGUGAUAAUAUUGCGGUUGAUGGGACGUCGCGGAGUUCUCAGGAUGAAUCGGCGGGCACGCCUCUUCAAGUCGCAGCACUGCCCUCCGCACCAGUUUCAAGCCAGUCUUUUGAUUUUACCCAAAGCCCAUUUAAUCAGCGUCUAAUUUCUAACGGGGACUCCCAUGAGAUACCGGACUUUUUGAACAGUAACCCCUUAGAUCUCAGCCUUAACUUUCGCUCCUCCAGUGCGCAUUUCAACAGCAAAGGCAGUGACCCAGCAGAUAAUCAGCUUUCUCCCCGUUUGUUGAAUCUAAGUCAUAACGCCGCUGAGCCAUAUCAGGACACCUCUUUGCCAGACCUUGGGAACAAUGUUUGGACUCCCCUCCCGCAGUUGGAUAUAGCUGGAUUUGGUGACAUAAUAUCUCACGUUCCAACCUUCUCCGAAGACGAGGAUGACGCCGAAAGCUCGGUGGCGAAUCAGCUCAAGAUUCAACUCAGUCCUGUUACGUAG